UCUCUGCCAAUAGCGAGAAAAUCCGAGGCAUGGGCACUCUCCGUUACUCUUAUAAUUCAUUCUACAUUUUCAUACAUUUUCAUACAUUUUGUUGCAUUUUGUGUAAAGCAGUGAAGAGAAGUGGGGAGUGUCUGUGGUUAUACGCAAAGUGGACGUUAAUCGUAACUUUUUUUAUCACUUUUAUCGACAGUUAUGGAUCCUGCAAUCUUUCCCGAAGAAAUUUGGAUAAAAAUUUUAUUAUACUGCGAUGUACCUGACAUUAUUGCUUUUGGAAGUACAUGUAAAUACCUCAGAAAAACGUCGGACAUCGACUACCUGUGGAAAAUGAAGUGGUUACAGUUAAUCUCCAAAGUGCAAUUUAGAUUCCCAGAUGUAAAAUGUCUUCAAUUAUUGAGCGUGAGUUUUAAAGCCAUGUGUUAUCGAUUACAUAUGGUAAUUGCAUUGGGAGAAAGUGCACCCUUUCCAAAAUGUUACCACUGCAGCGAAUAUACCUGUCAAAGAAAUUGCGUAGAAGGUUCGAGUGCAAAGGUCGGUAUCGAGAUCGGUAACAGGUGCACUUGGGUCAGUACUCCGCAACAUGGAGUGAGAAGACACUUUUCUUUGUUUGGUAUCCCAAAAUACAACAAUAAAAGGCAUACCGAACAAGUGCAAAUGCAGAAUAUUCCGACUAGCAGUGCACACUCAAAGAUCGACGGUAAAUCCAUUGCAAGGAAAUUGAAUUUAUUGAAAGUGCGUGAAUUGUCAGCUGUCAAAGUUCCGAAACCGAGUGGACCAUUUUGCAUUUUUUGCAACUCAGUUAAGUUGUACCGGGAAAAAAGGCGAUUGAUUAUGCAUCGAAACGAUCCUUCUUUCUACACCCUUUCCAAUACAACCUAUCAGAAGUUAGUUAAUGGGUAUUGCACGGACAUAGUCGAAAUAUUUGGAAUUCCAAAUGUGGAUGUCGUCAAUCCUGCAGAAGCAUUAUCGAGCGAUGGAACCUUCUAUGUAUUAAAAACAUUUGUAGACCACUUAUUUCAUCAAAUGGGAUUAACGGCAACGUUAAGGAAGCCUAACGCCGUUCUCAUGUUCUGUGAACCACUGACCAUGCAUCCCAUACUUAGAAAACAAUUGUUACAUUAUUUAUUUCAGGAAGUUAAAGUAGCCAGGGUGUGUUUGGUACCGAAACCUUUAGCAGCAUGUGCGAUGCUAGACAUAGAAACCUGCGUGAUCGUAGACAGUGGAGCACUCAGUACUACGGUAGCUGUUGUCAUUGGAGGGAGAGUCGUACCUCAUCGAUGGAAAGUGCUUCCCGUCGGAGGGUGGCACGUAGCUUAUCAUUUGAAGCAAGCGAUGCAUUGGCACCCAAAAGAGUAUCAUCGAAUUCCAAUAACCUAUUUGGAUACGAUAGGUGUUAAAGAACGAUGCAGACUUAGUUAUAAUAUACAGAAUGAAGAAUUGAAACGAGGACCAACCAAAAGAGAACAUAUAGAUUUAUGGGUUGACAGUUAUGCUGACUAUAAGCGUAUAUUGAAUACAAUAUCCUUGGGUUCGGAAUUGUAUAUGGCUCCUGAGAUGAUGUACAUUAGUCUGGGUCUUCCUCAAGUAAUACAAGAAGUGACGUUAGGACUCUCGGAAGAGCUGAUCCACGAUUGCCUUUCGCAUGUAUUGGUUACGGGUGGUAAUACCGAUCUAUCGGGUUUCGAAUUAAGACUGACAAAGGAUUUGAAAGAGCUGUUACCUGAGCACAGUGGAAUUCUCGAAGUUAAGAGUUGUCCCGGUCCUCAUAGCUGGCAUGUCGCGGUGGGAUCUACGUAUGUGCCUUUAGCUGUGCAUCCUGAUAAAACGCCACCCGAGUACGUCGAAGGUAACCCAUUCUGGCUAUCACGAGAAGAAUAUGUCCUCUUUGGCUGCGAGUCCCUUGAACAGUAACGGUAUAACCGAUUAACUAACUAUUUAGGUAACCAGUAGAUAGUCAUUCGCAGUGGCAGUAUCUAGCUUAAUACGUAAACUGUGAACCGGUACAUAUGUAAAGCAUAAUAUCAGAAGUGACGAUGUUACCGCCGUUAAGUAUAUUUUAUUCUAUAUUGUCUAUAAACUUCUCCGAGUAACACGCACAUAUUAAAAAGUUGAUACACGCCAUUCAUGUGGAAUCGGAACCUUGGUAACAUGUUUUCUUAUUUAUUUUUCAUAUGUAUGCAAAUGUACGAGUGUUUUUCCGUUUCUAAAUAUCUUUCAUUUCAUCAUUUUCGAAGAGGUAGUAAAUUAAUCUCUGAAUCCAGCCCAUUGACAGAAUAAUUUAUACAUUUAAACGGUGUAACCGAACGAUCGUCGUUUAGUUGCUUACACUCGUUAUACUCGAGCUUCAUUUUAUCGCGAUUGGUGGAUUACGUGGGCAGAAGUCUAAAUACUGUAAAAAGACAAUUUCUAGAAUUAGGAGGACUUUCGUACUCGAACUCAAACGCGAAAGAUCGAAAUGUGUUAGAGGAGGAUGCCUAGCAUCUCCGAUGUUAAGUCGUUCGAUGUUAACGGUAGCUCCUGCAAUACACUGUGAAUGGAUAAGAAACGUCUACUGUAUCACAGGGAACGUCCAGUCUGUCAGUUUCGUCGUUUAUCGAUAUGGGUCUAUUAUAAGUUGCAACUUCUGAACAUUUUUUUCGCUUAAUCACGGAUGAUCCGUAAAGUGAGCACAGAGCCUUGUAAAUAAAUCAUCGCAGCAACCUUCUAAGUGCUUAAAUUAGCAACGUAAUACAUUUACACAAGGAUUCUAUAAGAUGUUUUCAGUUCAGUUCGUUGAAAAAAAAAAAAAAGAAAAAAAGGUACUCACUAAGAGUACAGACUUUAGGAUUUCCAAGCAUUGUUCGCUGUUUCGUAAAUUUAUAUCCCACAAAUUUACCACAAAUAUGUAUUUAUGAACGUAUUUAUAAGAAAAUCCUUCUAGUCACGUAUCAAUUGUCGACAAAUUGGUAAGGCAGUAUUCUUCCAAAUUACUAAUAAUUGUAAAUCGGUAGAUUAAUAGCUCGACGAAGUAAAAGCAUAGUCGUUGUAACUUCGAUUAACUGUUAAGCUUAACGGUAAGAGCAAUCCAGGAUGUUUAAUGUUUAUUUGUUAUCAAUAUAGUGAAGGAUAUUUUGCUACUCGGCAGAUUUUCAUCGGAUAAUUAGAAUCCAUCGGUAUUAGCUCAAUUAGCUUAAAACGUGUGAUAUAUACGGUUAUAAUUCGUAAUUGGAAAGUAAUUAAGUAAUUAAAUUACAUCAUAACGUUAAUUUGCAAUGUACGUGCACUGUAUCAAUAUUGUAUUUUUUUUCUUCAGGUACUCUAAAAAACAACCCCUCAAAGGUUGACAUGUGACCAGUUAAAAUCAUCUUUGCAUUGUAAAUUUCGUAUCAAAUCAGUGUUGGAAAAUGCGGUUACAGUUACUAUUAUUCGAAAUCGCAGAGGAUAUAAUUGUCAUCCCCUUUCUAAGCUUCGACGACUGCAUGACUAUUAUUUGAAUAGCGCAUCGCGCAUUAUUUCAAUCUCAUGAUAUCUUACAGAAUUGCAUUCUCGUGUACUGCACCGAAUAACAUCUUGGGUUACCCCCUUUUGUAAAUAAGAAUCGUCAUUUAGUUGUUAAGUAAUUUAUUUCCAAGAUACAUCAAACUACAAUUACAGAUAUAUUUGCAUAUGCAUACACAAACACUGCAUACAUAUGUAUGAAUUGUUUUCUAUUUAUGAGGUUGUAUAUUUUGUGAAUAAAUCUUUUUCAAACAU